CAAGGAACAUGGAAAGAUAUCUCUUCCUAAACAAGUUUAACGUGACACUGCACAUCGAAAAGUGUACACCGUUAAAUAUUAUCAGGGCUAAUCCAUUUUUGCUGAUAUAUAGAGGUAAUGAAAGCCCUGCUUCUUCCGAGCAUAGAAAUAGUAUGCAAACAAUUGGUUGCAUAUGCCAGGAAAAAAGAAAAAUUUCUGGCAAACAUGCAGAUCUCCGUUACUACUACGGUUCCAUUGAAGUCGCAUGCCUCGAGAUCGGACUUGUCGAUAGUGGCUCUCAUGGCACAAAGGAGCUAAAUGAAGUAGGUAUCAAGGCGCCAAUAAUGAUGAAGAGCGAAGCUCUUCAAAUAUCGCAACAGUACGGUAUCAACAUGAGCGGUAUUAAGACUGUUGGCUUCAUGAUAUACGGUUUAAACUUGACUGAUCUUUUAGUGAACUUUGAAGGCUUAAUGUCUUUGGUCACUCGAUUAAAACGGCUGUGCUUGCCUGAAACGGUGGCUGAUACCCCUCGUCUUUUUCCUCUUGUUUUGAAACUGGUCUUUAAUGCAGUGCAAAUUGUCAAAGGUACCAUAAAUACCAUUAAAGAGGCAUCGACGUCUGUUUGUUUGGAUAAUGACAAUGACUUGCCAUUCCCUCUCCUCUUUGCUAUGUCAGCAGCAACAAAAGAAAAACUCCUGAAGAUGAUUAGCUGAUACCAUCAUGCCUUAUGCUUUCCUAUCCUUAUGCUCUCCUAUCACUAAACCUUCCUACUGUCUCUACCAAUCCUUAAAUAUCAAAUAUUCUUUUACCUCCUAUACCUUUCCGC